GGUGGCGCGGCCCAGCGCAAGAUGCGUGCCUUCUUCCGCUCGUGCCUCGACAUGCACGAGAUAGAGAGGCUCGGCCGGAGGCCCAUGCUUGAGGUCAUCGAGGACUGCGGAGGCUGGGACCUGGGUGGCGCCGCUGAGCGCCCGGGGUCCUCGGGACACUGGGACCUAAACCGGCUGCUGUACAAGGCGCAGGGCGUGUACAGCGCCGCCGCGCUGUUUUCACUCACCGUUAACCUGGACGACAGGAACUCCUCAAACUAUGUCAUCCGCAUUGACCAGGAUGGGCUCACUCUACCAGAGAGGACCCUGUGCUUAGCGCAGGAUGAGGGCAGUGAGAAGAUCCUGGCAGCUGACCGAGUGUUCAUGGAGCGCCUGCUCAGCCUACUGGGUGCUGAUGCUGUGGAGCAGAAGGCCCAGGAGAUCCUGCGACUGGAGCAGCGGCUGGCCAACAUCACAGUGUCAGAGUACGAUGACCUCCAUCGAGAGGUCAGCUCCAUGUGCAACAAGGUGACACUGGGACUGCUGCAGAAGAUCACUCCCCAUCUGCAGUGGAAGUGGCUGCUGGACCAGAUCUUCCAGGAGGACUUCUUAGAGGUCGAGGAGGUGGUGCUGCUGGCCACGGACUACAUGCAGCAGGUGUCCCAGCUCAUCCGCUCCACACCCCGAAGGAUCCUGCACAACUACCUGGUGUGGCGCAUGGUGGGGGUCCUGAGUGAGCAUCUGUCACCACCAUUUCGAGAGGCUCUGCAUGAGUUGGCACGUGAGAUGGAGGGGAGUGACAAGCCCCAGGAGCUGGCCCGUGUCUGCCUGGGCCAGGCCAACCGCCACUUUGGCAUGGCUCUUGGCAUCCUCUUUGUACAUGAACACGUCUCAGCUGCCAGCAAAGCCAAGGUGCAGCAGCUGGUGGAAGACAUCAAGUACAUCUUGGGCCAGCGCCUGGAGGAGCUGGACUGGAGGGAUGCUGAGACCAAGGUGGCUGCUCGGGCCAAGCUCCGGUACAUGAGGGUGAUGGUCGGCUACCUAGACUUCCUGCUCAAACCCGAGGCCGUGGACAAGGAGUAUGAGUUUGAAGUCCACGAGAAGACCUACUUCAAGAACAUCUUAAACAGCAUCCGCUUUAGCAUCCAGCUCUCAGUCGAGAAGAUCCGGCAGGAGGUGGACGAGUCCACGUGGCUGCUUCCUCCACAAGCACUCAGUGCCUACUAUCUACCCAACAAGAACCAGAUUGUGUUCCCUGCUGGUAUCCUGCAACCCACCCUGUCUGACCCCGAUUUUCCGUCUCUGAACUCCGGGGGCAUUGGCACCAUCAUCGGGCACGAGCUGACCCAUGGCUACGACGACUGGGUGGGGGGACAAUAUGACCGCGUGGGCAACCUGCUGCACUGGCGGACAGAGGCCUCCUACCGCCACUUCCUGCGCAAGGCCGAGUGCAUCGUCCACCUCUACGACAACUUCACUGUCUACAACCAGCGGGUGAAUGGAAAGCACACACGUGGGGACAACAUCGCAGAUAUGGGGGGCCUCAAGCUGGCCUACUAUGCUUAUCAGAAGUGGGUGCUGGAGCAUGGCCCAGAGCACCCACUGCACCGGCUCAAGUACACACACAACCAGCUCUUCUUCAUUGUCUUUGCCCAGAAUUGGUGCAUCAAACGGCGGUCACCGUCCAUCUACCUGCAGGUGCUGACCGACAAGCAUGCACCUGAGCACUACAGGGUGCUGGGCAGUCUGUCCCAGUUUGAGGAGUUUGGCCGGGCCUUCCAUUGCCCCAAAGAUUCGCCCAUGAACCCUGCUCACAAGUGCUCUGUGUGGUGA